AUGGCAGCGCAAGAACUUUCACGGGGCCGUAGGGCGGCGGCGGCGGCGGCGGCGGAGGGCGCAGCAGGGUUUUUUUCUAGGCUUCAGACACCGGUUUCAAAAGUGAGAACUUUUUCCACAUCACAGUCCUCGCUUCAAGUGGCAGGCCCUGUGUGGAACCUGGGUCGACUCAAUCACAUAGCAGUUGCAGUGCCAGACUUGGAAAAAGCCAAGGCAUUUUAUAAGAAUAUUCUGGGGGCCCAGAUAAGUGAGGUGGUCCCUCUUCCUGAGCACGGAGUAUCUGUUGUUUUUGUCAACCUGGGAAACACCAAGAUGGAGCUGCUUCAUCCAUUGGGAAAUGACAGUCCAAUUGCAGGUUUUCUGCAGAAAAACAAGGCUGGAGGAAUGCAUCAUAUCUGCAUUGAGGUGGAUGAUAUAAAUGCAGCUGUGAUGGAUUUGAAAGAGAAGAACAUUCGUAGUCUCAGUGAAGAGACCAAAAUAGGAGCACAUGGAAAACCGGUGAUUUUUCUCCAUCCUAAAGACUGUGGUGGUAUUCUUGUGGAAUUGGAGCAAGCUUGACUUAUAUUUGCAAGAAACUUAAAAAAUUCCCACCUAAAUAGUCUGAAAUUCCCCAUCAAAUUAUACUCCAGCAUUGAAUCCUUCACUCCUUCCAUCACUUAAAAAUUCACAAUUAAAGAGCACUUUAACUGGAUCAGUUAUGGGGUGUCUGACUCUUUAUCUCAGGGUUGUGCAUUCAAACCCCAUGUUAAUUGUGGACUCUUAAAAACAAAUUCAAAAUUAAAAACUAAAUUACAAAAAGAUUUUUUUAAUUAUAUAUAUGUAUAUCAAUAUAUAUAACUGACAUUUGUUAAUUACUUUGGGGUUUUUUUCUGAUUUAGAGGAAUCCUUGAUUACUAAAUACUUAAGAAAUAUUAUUAAAAUCAUAUUUAUAGAAAUAAA